GGAGGAGGCGACCGCGGACCUCGGCUCCUCAGCUCCCGCACGCCUCUCGCUCGCCUCCUCGCCUCCGACCGCGCUCUCACUUGGGGAGGCUGGCGACCAUGGCACUGUGGAGCCAGGCCCAACAGCUGCAGGGAGACUAUCUUCGGCAGAUGCAGUCGCUCUACGGGCAGCACUUCCCCAUCGAGGUCCGCCACUACGUGUGCCAGUGGGUGGAGCAGCAGAGAUGGGAUGAGGUGGAGGUGGACAACCCUCAAGAGGAGUUCCGCGCCAAGGUGCUGCUCGACAACCUGGUGCAGGAGCUGCACAGGAAGGCCGGCCAGCUCGUGGGUGACGACGUCUUUGUGCUCAAGCUGAAGCUUGAUAGCUACGCCACGCAGCUGCAGACUCACUAUGAGCACACGCCCAUGGAGCUCGUGAAGACGGUGAAGCAGAUCCUGUUCCAUGAGCAGCGCCUGGUGCGCGAGUCGGCCAACCCGGGGACGCCGCUGAGCCCCGUGGACAGCAUGUCCCAGAAGCAGGCACAGAUCACGGCCACCUUCGAGGAGCUCCGCGCCAUGACCAACGAGACGGACACCGACCUGCGCAUGCUGCAGCAGAGCCAGGAGUACUUCAUCAUCCACUACCAGGAGAGCCUGCGCAUUCAAGGGCAGCUGCACCAACUGUCCCAGCCGGCGCGCCCACCCCAGGACCAGAGCUCGGUGCAGAGCAUGCAGCAGAGCCUGCAGCAGCGCCGCGUCAACAUGGACAGCAUCCUGCAGCAAGAAGCUCAGCAGCUGCAGAAGUUGCGCCUGGCGCUGGCGGAGAAGCACAAGAAGACGUUCCAGCUGCUCACCAAGCUGCAGACCACCAUCCUGGACGACGAGCUCAUCCAGUGGAAGCGCCGACAGCAGCUGGCCGGCAACGGGGGGCCCUCCGAGGGGGGGCUCGACUGCCUGCAGGGCUGGUGCGAGAAGCUGGCGGAGAUUGUGUGGCAGAACCGGCAGCAGAUCAAGCGCGUGGAGCUGCACCUGCAGCAGCUGCCCAUCAUGGGGCAGUGCCAGGAAAUCCUCACCGAGCUCAACUCCACCAUCACCGCCCUGCUCUCCGCGCUCGUCACCAGCACGUUCAUUAUCGAGAAGCAGCCGCCGCAAGUGCUCAAGACGCAGACCAAGUUUGCUGCGACGGUGCGGCUGCUGGUGGGCGGAAAGCUGAACGUGCACAUGAACCCGCCGCAGGUGGUGGCCACCAUCAUCAGCGAGCAGCAGGCCAAAGCCCUGCUCAAGAACGAGAACACGCGCAAUGAGAGCAGUGGAGACAUCCUCAACAACUGCAGCGUCAUGGAGUUCCAGCAGGCCACAGGGACUCUCACCGCCAACUUCAGGAACAUGUCUCUCAAGAAGAUCAAACGCUCAGACCGGCGUGGGGCGGAGUCGGUCACAGAGGAGAAGUUCACCAUCCUCUUCCAGUCGCACUUCAGCAUCGGGGGCAAUGAGCUUGUGUUUCAAGUCCGGACGCUGUCCCUGCCCGUAGUGGUCAUCGUUCACGGGAGCCAGGACAACAACGCCACCGCCACCGUCCUGUGGGACAACGCCUUUGCCGAACCGGGCCGCGUGCCGUUCCAGGUGCCGGACAAGGUGGCAUGGCCCCAGCUGGUGGAUGCCCUCAACAUGAAGCUGAAGGCCAGCGUGGAGAGCCAGAGGGGCCUCUCGGAGGAGAACAUCGUGUUUUUGGCGCAGAAGGCUUUCAACAGCACGUCCACCCACGCCGACGACUACUGCAACCUCACCAUCUCCUGGGCGCAGUUCAACAGGGAAAGCCUGCAGGGCCGAAACUUCACGUUUUGGCAGUGGUUCGACGGGGUCAUGGAGCUCACCAAGAAGCACCUCAAGCAGCACUGGAACGACGGGGCUAUCCUGGGGUUCGCCAACAAGCAGCAGGCGUCGGACAUGCUCCUGUCUAAGCCCAAUGGGACCUUCUUGCUGCGCUACAGCGACUCCGAGAUCGGUGGCAUCACCAUCGCAUGGGUCGCCGACAACCCCACCAACCGGGGCGAGCGGCUCGUGUGGAACCUCAUGCCGUACACCGCGAAGGACUUCAGCAUCCGCUCGCUGGCCGAUCGCAUCAGCGAUCUCAGCCACCUUCAGUUCCUGUACCCGGACCGGCUCAAGGACGACGCCUUCUCCAAGUACUACACGCCGCUGAUGCCCAACGGGCGUGAGGUGAACGACGACGGCUACGUGAAGCCGGAGAUAAAGCAGGUGGUGCCCGAUUUUGCCACGGCGUACUCGGAUAGCUCGGCGCCCAACACGCCCUACACGCUGGACCACUCCUCCAUGUCGCCUGUGAGCACACAGGCCACCUUCGCCACCUACGCGCCCAGUGGGGAGAUGAUGUUGGAGCCCGACACGGACUUCGACUUGGACUCGAUGGAUGUGGCGCGUCACAUGGAGGAGCUGCUGAACCGGCCCGUUCUUUCACAGUGGCCGAGCCAGGGAUAGCCAGGCACACACCGCUCGCUCGCUUACUUACUCACUCGCUCACUCGCUCGCUCAAACGUACGCUAAACCACUCGCUCUCAUGCACGCAUACUUGCAUGCAAACGGCGCUCGUACGCAUUCUCACACGCACGCUCAAUUACGCACUCAUUCACUCACACGCACGCUCAAUUACGCACUCAUUCACUCCAGUGCACGCUCGCUCACUCGCACUCAAACCCUCGCAGACUUGCACGCUCACUCGCACACCCACGCAUAUGCCCGCGAGCUGACCACACUUGCACACCUGCAGAUUUGUAAAUGUACGCACCUUAACCCAAGCAAUGGUUUAACAGGUGGAUUGAGCAGGGUUUGAGAGAUGGCCUUAGCCUGAGGAGGGAGGGGAUGAGCUGCACAGGGUUAGGGGGUUACCGCUUCGUAGGGGUGGAACGACUCGUCGCUGCAUCCGAUAAAAUUUAGAUUUUUAAGCUCACGACACGCACAUCAAAUCGCGUGCGAAAGAAUCGACUUUUUUUCUGAUUCGAGUGCAUCGGGCAUAAUGGGUUCACAUCACUCCCUCUGCAGCCACCAACGCCGCCAACAUUCAGCGCAAUGUUACGAAAAAUUGUGGUCCGUUCUUGAAGCGAAUCCGGACCCUGAACCUAGACAAUUUGUCAAAUCACCAGGGUCGGAGGGGGGGGGGGUGAUCGUUCCACCCUUACCGCUUUGGGUGCUUAGGCUGGGAGUGAUACAUAGAUUAUACAGGGGCUGGGGCUUAUAGACUACACUGGGGCUGGGGCUUAUAGACUACACUGGGGCUGGGGAUUAUCGACUACACUGGGGCUGGGGAUUAUAGACUACACAGGGGCCGGGAAUUAUAGACUACACUGGGGCUG